AUGUGUGGAUGUUGGAGCAGUGCUUGCAUUGCUCGUGUACCUAUGUGUCGCGGUGGGGGUGCCAAGGGCUUCGGUUGGUUGAACUUCUGCCAAGUCAAAGUACACAUCACGCAUCAAGGUACCAACGACACAGUCUUGAUCGAGGUAUGGCUUCCAUUGACCCACGAUGAAUGGAACGAGCGGUUUCAGGCCACGGGAGGCGCAGGCUUCGAAACAGGCAUGUUUGGCGGACACCUUGGACAAGCUGUCCAAGAUGGCUGGGCAGCUGCAUCAACAGACGGCGGUUCUGGCAGCGAUGACCUUUCCAGAGUAAAAGAUGGAAGAUGGGCAUUGAAAGACAGUGUCACCGGUUCCCUUGAUUGGAACUUGCUACACAAUUUCGCUUCACGCAGCCUUGUUGAUCAAAUCGACAUUGGCAAAGUCAUCACCAAACUCUACUACGGCAAAGCACCUCAUCACUCUUACUGGAACGGGUGUUCUACAGGCGGAAGACAAGGACACAUGCUCGCACAAAAGUAUCCACACCUCGUCGACGGGAUCCUUGCCAAUGCGCCUGCGCUCAACUUUGUCAAUCUUGUCACCGGCGAGUUCUGGCCUCAGCUUGUGAUGAAGCAGCAACAAACAUACCUAUCGAACUGCGAAUUUGAACACUUCAGAAACAGGGCGAUGGAACAGUGCGAUGAGCUGGAUGGUGUGUGGAACGGCAUAAUCGAAGAUCCUGAAGAGUGUGAAUUUGAUCCGUUUGCCGUAGUGGGCGACGAGAUUCAGUGCGACGGCAAACACGCUGACAUCACCCUGGAGAUGGCAACGGUAGUCGAGCACAUUAUCAAAGGGCCGAAACAAGUGCCAUGGGGCCCAAUUUUUCACGGCGUCAGCCCUGGCAUUCAGCUCCAGCACCUGGCGAACAUCACCACAUCAAAAGAUGGUACCAGGUUGCAAAAUCCACAUGGCAUUUGUGAAAGCUGGAUGAAAAACAUUGUACUAAGGAACCCUUCUGCCCAACUUGAACACCUCGACAUCACUUCGUACUUUGGACAUUGGGCUCAGGCAAACUAUGAGCUCGGCGGCCUCCUCAACUCUGCUGAUCCGGACUUGUCUUUGCUCAAAGCGUCAGGUACCAAGAUGCUUACAUGGCAUGGCAUCGAUGAUCCUGUUAUUCCUUUUCAGAACACCGUGGACUACCGAAGAAGGGUAGAAGGCACCAUGGGAGGUGCGCAUGCAGUUGAUCAGUUUUAUCGCCUAUUUCUUGCAUCAGGCGUCGGACACUGUGGUAACGGAAUAGGUCCUAUUCCUACUUCUGCUCUUACGACUCUUGUCGAUUGGGUCGAGAAAGGCGAUGUGCCUGAGACACUUGCAGCCGAGACAUCAAAUGCUAGAGGAGAGCCAAUCACUAGGGAUCUCUGUAUAUUCCCUGGCAAGGCAAAGUGGAACCGAAAGACCCGAGUUGUUGCAACAAGAAGACCAAGCUAG